UUUAAGCCGAGAGGAAGAAAGUUUCUGGGGUCUUCGUUAACCCGAAGUAGCGACCGGCGCGAGUAGAAUGCUCAGGAAGACGUAAUCGCGCGUGAGAGUUGUUUUGCUUCAUCUUAUCGAUAAAAAUCGAUGGUGAUAUUUUUGGACUAAGUCGCGAGAUGAUUCUUGAUAUUGAAAAAAGUGAUUUCUUUGAUUCGGCUAGUACCAUACUAAAAAACAAGGAAACCAAAUCCAAGAAAGAUGGCCAGUAUAACUUUUUGGAAGAUAUUAUUAGCAAGGACAAACAACGUCCCCCGAUUUAUAAUCCUGAAGACUACGCCAUAAUGUUGAAGAAAUGGGGCAAAAAAUCGUCAAACGGUGGCCUCAUGUCUUUAUACUCGAACUCGAGCACCUCGGACGUGGAAAGUACAAGGUCCCAAGGGAAUGCGUUUCGAGAUUACAGAAACCCAAUGUUGGCAUCGGCUGGAUCGGAAAUGACUCUGAGGCAAUUUGGAACGGUUUCUGAGUUGCUUGCCAAAUUAAAAUCGGACAUGAAACUAGCAUUUCCCAGUUUUAUUCAAGAGUUUGUCGCUGAUCCUCUGGAUGGUGUGUCAUUACUCUUAGAUCUCUUGAGGGCUAUUCAAGUAGGACAAUCGAAUACCGUAAUACAUGGACCGCCAGGCUCAACUGGAACUGUUGGUAAAAUACCACCAUCGCUUCAAAGGAGAGCUUUACUUGAUGAAUUGUCUUGUCUGCAAUGUUUGUUAAAUUGUUGCAUAAGAUAUAAGGAAUCAUUGAGGAAGUUGAUUUCAUCAUCGGCUGGUUUGUUUACCGUUGCAGUCUGUAUAAUGAGUAACGUAAAUAAAUCGAGAAUAAUAGCUUUGCAGCUACUGGCCAAAGCCUGUGAUCCUUCCAUAGGUGGACAUUCUGCUGUGUCUGAGGCCAUGUCAACUUUAAGAUUAAGAUUCGGUGAACCAGUCAGAUUUCGAUUUUUGGUGGGCAUGCUGACAUCUACAGGUGGGCAAAAGGAACUUAUAGCUUCAGGACUUAAGUUCUUAAACAAGUUUUUGGAUACUGCAGCAUCCAAUCAAAAGAGAUUAUAUAUACAGGCAGAGCUGGAUCAGGCUGGGUUUGAUAUGGAUAUUAUUAAAAAGAACGUGCAGAAUUGUGAUGGUGUAGAAGCCAUAAUGGAGGAAGUGCAAUAUUGGGAAAAAAGAAACAUCAAUAUUGAAAGUUUAAUGUCCCGUUUAGAGAGUUAUAAAAAAGACAAUACCAUUUUAAAGGAACGCGUAAACAAGCUAGAACGACAAGUUAAGUUGCUGCAAGAUGAAAAAGGUAUCUUGACAUGUGUGGAGAAGAACCUAAAAGACCGUUGCAGUGAGUUACAGUCUGAAAUUAGGUCACUUCGUUCAACAAAGAGUUCAUACACCAAGCGAAUCCAAGAAUCUACUCCCAACGAUGACGAGGGUAUCUCAUCAUCUGAGAGAAGUUUGACUCCUGAAGACGAUAUCAAUCGAGAACUUAUUUUUGACACCUACAGUAUCCAGAGCCCAGCACAUAAAAUGAAAAGAUCGGCAUACUGUAUAGAUGACGACGAUGAGGAAACGACAAUAGACGAGGUUAUUGAAGAAUUGAAAAAUAUAAUUAACGAUGCUGAAACUGAGGAUAUAGUAAAAAAGGAACAAAAGAAAGUGGAGAAGGAAAAACAGAGGAUAGAAGAGGCGCAGGUAGCCAGUAAGUUGAAGAUACAUAUAGACGCAGAUGACUAUGCGGUGACCAGUGAAACCGAGAUUAUACCAAGCGAGUUACAUCCGCAACCUCCUAGAAGGGCGAAAAGCCUCGUCCAUUUAUUUGUACCUACUGAAGAUUACUAUUAUUGCCCUAAGGAGUUGUUCUUUGAGAACGAAACUCCCUAUACAAGUACAGAAGGAUCCGAUUCUUUACUAAGCAUAUCGAAAGUACCAGCACCAAGAACAACUACACCAGAAACCUUACCAUUAACGUCAGGUUAUUGCAAGAAAAUUUCUGGUCUAAAAUCGAAACCUUCAAUGAAGAAUUCUCGAACAAACACAGGCGAUCUAAAAUGUUCAGAUCCCUUAAGACAAUCUGCUUCGUUCUAUUACAGUACAACAGUAAACGUAAGUCAGACACAAGCUAUUUUAGAAAACCACAAGGCGAAAGCAAAAAGUUUGGAUAGAAUUGACAAAGGCCUAGAUUCCAUCGUGGAUAUAGUGGUAACCAACCAAUCCUUAAGCCAGAACGUUAAAUUGAGACCUCGAAGCGAAUCUUCACGACCAUAUUCUUUAGUAAAAAGUGUUUCAAACGUGUAUAUCCAAGACAAUGUAGUAAGGCAAAGAAUGGGUUCUUUUUCUGAGGAGAAACAAAAAAUGUUCCUACCGUCCAGUGCUGAUGUUUCAUACUAUUUUCCAAGGGCUCAAGAGAAAAUUAUCUCUAGCAGCAGUUUUCUUGUAAAAAGGGGACAUUGCAAUGCUGGAAUGUAUUCGGGACAAGGUGGGGGAACAGGUAGUGUAAUCAGACAAAAAGAUUUUUCGGGUAGUGGGAAAAUAAGUGGAAAGGUAACAGAUAUUCCAUCAGGAUUAUACUAAAGACACUAAAGUGGUGACACAUAAUCACCUCGCUGAUGAUAACACACAGUAAUAGUAUCUAUAAAUCUAUUUGUUAAUAUUUAUUACCUAGUGUAGAGUAAUUAAGUAUUGCUUGUUUUAAUUACUAUAUUGUUGCUAUUUUGUGAUAUUUGGUGUGAAUAACCUUUCAAGUUCAUAAUUUUUUAAACGCCAAAUUUUACAAAUAUUGUUAAAAUGUCCAUCGACUGAGUUGGGAGAAACAUAAUAUUUUGCAGUUUAUGUUGAACUUAUAAACAAAGAUAUGCAGAUUAAAAAGGGAGUUAAAUUGGAACCAGCUUUCAACUAUACAGGGUGCUACAAAUUCGAGAUACGAGCAUUGGUAUC